AUGCCAAAAACCUCAAUUAUUAUGACAACAUCAUGGCUACAUAUAUGGAAUCCAAUACUUAUAAAUCGAAGUAAUAGACCAAUUUUACAAGAUAAUGAAUAUAAUAUUUAUAUUAGAGAUAAUGUUGGAUUAUAUCAAGGCCGACAAAAGAUUGUUAAUCGUCAAAACGGAAGAAUUUAUUUGACUAAUAAGAGAUUGAUUUAUUUUGAUAAUAGUGAUAGUUCUAAAAGUAUUGCUGUUGAACUUAAAUUGUUCAAGAAUGCAGAACUAGUUGCUGGGUAUUUCAGAAGAUCACCAAAAGUCACUUUAUACAUUAAAACUGAAAAUGGGGGAACUACAAAUAUUGGUGGCAAUGAAAAUGGUACUAAUUCCAAAAAUAUUACAAUCGAUUGGGUUUGUAAAAUAUGUUCAUUUAACAAUCAUUUAGCUAGUGAUUACAAAAUUAACGAAAAUGAACUACCCAAGUGCACAUCAUGUGGUAUACGGCCCAGCAAGUCAUAUCUUCUGCAAAUAUUAGAGUCUGCACAAAACAAUGUUUCAGUUAAAGAAGAUUCACCUGCUUCAAUGACACCAGAACCAGAAUCUGUUUCUCCAAACAAUAACAAUCAAUGUCCCAAAUGUACCUUUAUCAACCACCCUGCUUUAAGGUAUUGUGAAAUAUGUGGAACAGAAUUAAAGCCCUCAAAUGAUAGUAAUACUAAGCUACUUAAGGCCACACAAAGUUUAAGUAAUGUGUCUAUAAAUAGUAAUCCUUUAAACUUGAAAUUGGAAACUGGAGAAGAGCUAUAUACCAAUAAUCAACCAUAUAUUAAAUUGAGUUUCCGCAAAGGAGGAGAAUCCAAAUUUUAUCAAGAAGUUUGUAAAGUUUUGGAUGAUAUGAAAUGGCAAAUUUUAGAGCAAAAGGGAGGCAUAAACAAAGAUGCAGUUAAAUUGGUUGAUAAUUCAACCUCAGUUAAUAAGAAUUCUACUACUGCUGCUGCUGGUGGGGGUGGUGGAGGUGGUAUUCAUGCAUUAGAAAGACUUGGUGAGUUACAAAGAAAACAGAAUGAGAUAAUAUUAACCACAUCUUUGGACGAUUUGGAACAAUUGAUGUUUAAAUAUCAAGAUUUGAUCAAAUUAUCAACUUCAUUCAAUAAAUUAAUCAAACAACCACUAUCAUCAACAACAACAACAACAACAACAAAAUCGGGUGUGGUAAUUCCAGCAUUGAGUAUCAAAAAAUCAUCACCAUUAUAUCAUCAAGAAUUGAGUAGACACAUUAGUGAAUUUUUAAUAAAUUUCAAAUUGACUCAAAAAACAUCAAUGAUAUCAUCUCAAGAUUUAUUUGCUGAGUAUAAUCGAUUUCUUAUCAGGAAUCAAGGAUUUGGAAGUGCAUUAGUAAAUUGUGAUGAUUUUAAAUGUGCCAUUGAAUUAUUUGACGAAUUGAAUUUACCAGUUGUGGUUAAGCAAUAUAUGAAAUCAGACAUUUAUGUAAUUCGACCUAAAGUUGAUGCAAAUAUAUAUGGUCAACAUAUUGUACAAUAUUUGAAAGAUCAAGAAUAUGAAUAUAAAUUAAUGACUUUACGACGAGAAAUAACUUCUGGUGACUAUGAAAAUAUCAAUAAUGAAUUAUAUAACGCGGUCAAUUAUGGGAAAACCGUAUCGGAAAUAUCCAAUAAAUUCAAUUGGUCAUAUAAUAUAACUAUUGAGGAAUUAGAAAAAUGUGUUGAGACUGGACUGGUGGUGAUAGAUCAUCAUAUUUCAGGAACAUUUUAUUAUGUAAAUAAGUUUCCCUUUUCGGAUGGAGAAUGGGAUGAUUCAAAAGAGAUACAAGAAAUGAGAGAAUUGUUGAUCAAAGAACAACAAGAGAUUACAUUAACCUUGAGGAAUGAGUACGUUGAACAAAAUAUGGAUAAUUUGGUGAAUAUAGAUCCUGAUUAUAAUUUUUUUGGUGUUGGUAAUGAAGAGGACAAGGAUGAAUUGGAGAGUACAGUAACUACUAGUGUACCUGAAAGUCAAACACAAUCUUUUAAUGAUUUAGUUGGAUUACAAUUUUAA